UUUCUUUAGCUCUUUAGUGUUUUCUGCCUAACAAAAACUAUAGAAUUAUCAGAACGUAUGGCUAUACUGUUGGUUGUCUCUUCUACAAUUGGCUUCCUGUAUCGGAAGCAAAUAUGGUACUGAUUUCUAUCUCAUCUCAAAGACCACAACAUACGGGUCUUUAAAGCAUGUAGGGUAUCAAUGCUGUCCAGAAUAUGAUGUUGAUCUCACAUUCUGCUUGUAAAAGGAGAAGCUUGUGCUAAAAAUGAGAGACAUUUUUUUAAUCAGACAUUGGUUUUUGUUCCUCCCAGGAAUGAAAAAAAUGAUGUUUAUUAAGCAAAAUGGGUGGUGUUUUCAGUAAAUGGAGAAUGGAAGCCAUGCGUGGGCUAUUGUUUCUAUAUAAAGAAUUUUGUAACACAGAAAAGAGCUUUAUUCAUCUUAAUAGUCAGCUAAAAAGAAAUACAGUAUUUCAAUCUAAAAUGAGACAGUUGAGUUUUUCUCGAGACAAUCUCACUAUUUUAUAUCUACAAUAAAAUACAAAAUUCUGGUAGACAUU